CCAAACUUCACCCUUUAGACUUUCCUCCAAACUUCGAGCUUGACUGGGAAAUCCUCACCCAGCCGCCUGAGCUCGUGCUGCGCUCGUGCUUGCGCUCGUGCUGCGACAUGUCCGACAGCGCCGCCGAUCCGGGGUCCGUCACCAACCCUGUGAAGUUUAAGAACCAGGAUUUCGUGUCUCUGCGUGAUGAGUGUCUCAAGUCCGGCAAGCUCUUCGAGGACCCGAGCUUUAAUGCUGAUCAGAACUCCAUCGGCAUGCCGGCAGACCCGGACCCCAAAAUGGCCAUCAAGUGGCUGAGACCCAAGGAAAUCAACAGCAACGCUGUCUUCGUGGAAGGAACCACAAGCACUACUGAUAUCUGCCAGGGCCAGCUGGGCAACUGCUGGUUUCUCGCUGCUCUCUCCUGUCUCACCAUGCACCCUACUUUGUACGAAAAAGUGGUUCCAUCAGGACAAACCAUAGAUGCGUCCUAUGCUGGAAUCUUCCGCUUCAGGUUCUGGCAGUAUGGUGAGUGGGUGGAGGUGGUGGUGGAUGACAGGUUGCCUGUGCGAGGAGGCCGUCUGCUCUUCAGCUACUCGCGCACUAAGAACGAGUUCUGGAGCGCCCUGGUGGAGAAGGCUUACGCCAAGUUGAUCGGCUUCUACAGCAGCCUAAAGGGAGGUAACAUUUCGGAGGGGAUGGAGGACUUCACAGGAGGGAUUGCCUACACUCGUCCUGUUUCCUCCCGCACUCCUCCGGUCCUGUGGAGGACUCUUACUGCAGCCUUGUCCAGAGGCAGCCUACUCAGCUGCUUCAUACAGGCCAAAAGUGUGAAGGAGAUCGGCAGUGUGACAAAAGACGGCCUGGUCAAAGGUCAUGCCUAUGCCAUCACCGCCACAGAUACGGUGCACAGAAAAGAUGAGGAAGUGUUACUGGUGAGACUGAGAAACCCCUGGGGAUUUGUGGAGUUCUGUGGACCGUGGAGUGACAAGUGUAAAGACUGGGAUGGUAUAGAGAGUGCUGAGAAGACAAGAAUCAAAUUGAACAUUGAAGAAGAUGGAGAAUUCUGGAUUGGAGUGCAGGACUUUUGCAAGCUCUUUGACACAGUAGAGUUGUGUAGUGUGGAUCCUGACUAUGAUACUGGAGAAGACGGUACCGACGCCAGCACCUCCUCCUGGUCCUUGACCUCCCACAAGGGUUCCUGGGUGCCCAUGUGCUCUGCGGGAGGCAGUCGAAAAAACCCACGAACUUUUUGUAAGAACCCUCAGUUCCACUUGAUACUCUCGCAGCAGGAUGCUGAGGAUGUGGAGAUCGACGAGGAUGAGUUGGAUGUAGGGGAUGAUGAUGAUGUUGAUAAUGAUGAUGCAGCAACUCAGCCAAAAAGCAUUCUAGGAAAGCAUAAAGAGAAGAUGAAGAAAUGCACAGUCCUGAUAGAGCUGCUGCAGAAAAACCGCAGACUGAAAGACAAAGUCAACUUCCUUUAUAUCGGCUACCACAUUUACAAAGUGCCUCCUCAGCUGCAGGACGCCACAGGUUCCUUCGGCCAGGGCUUUUUUUCUGCCAACCCGCUGGUGGGCCGCUCUGGACCGUAUCGUAAUGUGCGGGCUGUGUGGAGGAAGGUGCACUUGGACCCAGGGCACUACGUCAUCGUGGCAUCCACACAGAGGCCCAACCAGCCCGGGGAGUUUUUCCUCCGCAUCUACGCCAAGAAGGGCAACACUCUGGGGGUUCGUGAGAUAACCUGUCCCAUUGCUAUUACCACGACUGUCAUGGCAAAUCCUCCAUCAACUGAUGACCAGAUAGCCAUGCAGAAUUGGUUUAAUGUGGAAGCUGGACCGGAUGACAAACUGGAUGCAAUGGAGUUUAUGAAGCUGGUCAAUACAGUGCUGGAGCAGAACUACCAUGUUCCUCUGGAGACCUGCAGACAGCUCAUCUUCACACAAGACACUGGUGGUAGAGGCAGGCUGAGUCGUGAUCAGGCUGAGAAUCUCCUCUCGUCUCUGCGCAGUCUGCAGUCGAUCUUUCUCGAGUAUGACGAGGAUUCAUCUGGAAACAUGAGCCCUUUUGAGUUCAGUCAAGCUCUAAAAGCAGCAGGUGUGCAGUGUGAUAAUAACAUACUGACCAUGCUCUGGGAGCGCUUCGGCUCUGGAGAGCAGCAGCUGCCUUUCCACAUCUUUGUGGCAUGUGUUACCAGACUGCAAGUCCUCUUUGCUCUGUUUGAGUCAGAAACCAGCCAGGAGGUGAAGAGCAGAGGCAUAAACACAUGGCUGCUCAGCCUGCUGGCUGUGUGAGCGCGCUCAGAUGUGACACCUCAGCAGGACAGACCUGGACGGCCAGGACUAUGCAGACGUCAUCCACCUGGACCUACGUCCUCUCUCUCAUUCUCUAUAUUUCUUUUUAUUUACGUACAUCGCUCUGGAUUCUCUCUCAUCGCUCUCUCUUUUCACCCAUCUACCCACUGAUCCUUCCAUCACACAGGUCAUAUGGGUCAUUCCUGAUUAUGGUCCAGACACAUUCUUUUGUGCUUAAUUUUGUGUUUUCAAAUAUAAUCAUAAUAAGCUAUUGCUUCUGCAUUACUAUAUUUUUUAUUAAUCUUGCUUUUUUAUUAUAUUCCUGUUUAUAUUAUCGAGCAUGUAUCUUGGGUUUAUCUGAUAGAUAUGAUUUGUAUCGUAUUUUUAUUGUAUCCUGUCUAAUUUUACAUGAAGUCUAUUGUCAUUUCACAAACACGCUGUGAAUCCACCUGGAUUGUUUUUAAACUAUAUUAACUGAUAGGAUGUUAUUAAUUAAUCCCAGUACCAGCAUUUCAUUACAUCCUGUUAUAGACUUGCCCGGAAAAGAACUUUGUGGAAUUUAUUCAUAUAAACACGAUGAACAAUGAUCGGAAUUUUUCCAGUGUUAAAACAAACAUAAAAAAAAUAAGCUUUGUUAUAAGUUAUGCCAAAUUCUUUACAUUUUUCAGUUGCUCAGCAAAAUUCCCAGUGUUGAACUAAGACCCUACAGUUAUAAACAUUUUAAUCUGAGAGUUCAUCAGAUAUUCUAGGAAUUUAGAAAGCACAUUUAUUCUUUUGGAAUUUGGUCUCAAGUGUGACGUAAACGAAAGUUUUUUUUUAUCCUUACUAUAUCCGAAAUCAUUAACAGGAUCUGAGGGUGAAGAUGGAUUUAUAUUUCCUCAUCCUGUCUUUUUAGUCUUUCUUCCAGUAGGCAUGGGGAUCAACGAUCUUCCAAAUAAAUCUGAGCAUCCAAUUAUAA